AUGCAGACCUAUUUGAUUGCUGUCGUUUUGUCGGUGCUUCUCGCGUUCGCCUCGUCGCAAUAUCUCGACACCGCCGAUGACGCCUACCUCAUCGAGCCGGUAAGUCGACAAGAGAAGCCCGAGCGCGAAAUGGAUGAGAUUCGGAAAACGAUCGCCGUCGGCGAAAUGGAUGAGGAGGCGAUUUGCAGAUUCGGCAAGCGGUCGCCAUCGGCGAAAUGGAUGCGAUUCGGAAAGCGAAGCGGCGACGUCGCCGGUGCUGAAAUCGACUAUUAG